UCACACCUCCACGCCCAACUCGCAUCCCUCUCCGCCAAUCUCGCAGAUCUCGAGAAUCUCUUGCGGAUGACGAGCGUACAAGCCGAGAGCGUGAGAGGAUUGGGGGCUUGGCAUGGGGGAUUGUUCAUGGCAGCGUCGAAAGUGCUGGGUGAAGAGACUAUUGCU